AUGGCAAUGCCACACAUUUCCGAUCAUUGGAAAAACAUAGCUCAAGCCUAUGAAGAUACUUGGAAUUUUCCUCAUGUCAUUGGAGCAGUUGACAGCAAACAUAUCAAUAUUGAAUGCCCAAAAUUCGGAGGUUCAAUGUAUUAUAACUACAAACAGUUCCACUCGUCUGUUCUUUUGGCAUUAUGUGGUGCCAGGUAUGCAUUCACCUACGUCAAUAUUGGUAGUUAUGGCGGUAUGAAUGAUGCCAGCAUUUUCAAUCGAUCAAAGUUGCAUGAAGAACUUCAAAAUGGCACAUUUCCCUUGCCAGUACCAGAAAACUAA